AUGACUAUAGAACUUGUAAUUUUCCAAGUCUUGGGUAUAUCCCUGGGUGAAGUGUGGAAAGCUCCUGUCCAUUUUCUGAGUCUAGACCAGACUGAAGUCCUGCUUUACACAAAGAGAGAAGAAGCAUUACUUGUGCAGUCAAGCUACAAGAGUAAUGGGCCAAACAGGAGCUAUCUUUCUGUAUACUCAAAAGACCCAGAAGUGGCACAAGUGGUAAAUGUGACCAGGAUGUCUUCGGAGGUAACAAGCUUCAAAAUCAACCUACUGCCGAAGAUAGCAGGUGAGACAAGCUUAACUAUUCAGCUAUGGGAUUUUGUAGGUGGACAAGAAAAACUCAUUGAAGAGAUAAAAGACAUCCAAACUAAGGUGAUCUUUAAACAGGAAACAGAGACUGUCCUAAAGGCACAGCUGGAUUUUGACAGAUAUGCCCUAAUGCUGAUUUUACCAAUGAUUCUGCUUAAUAAAUGUGCAUUUGGCUGCAAGAUUGAAGUGGAGACACUCCAGAUGGCCUGGAAGAGACCUUUACCAAUAAUUCUUGGUGCAGCCAUACAGUUUUUUGUCAUGCCAUUCUGUGGAUUUCUUUUUACUAGGGUUUUGGCAUUAUCCCAGGCUAUCUCUUUUGGAUUUGUCAUGACUUGUACCUGUCCUGGAGGAAGUAGAGGUUAUCUCUUUGCCCUGCUUCUGGAAGGUGAUAUCACUUUGGCCAUUGUGAUGACUUGUACUUCAACAUUAUUAGCAUUGAUAAUGAUGCCUCUAAAUUCAUAUAUUUAUAGUAGAAUGUUGGGACUGCAUGUUUUAAUGAAUAUUCCUGUUUCUAAAAUCAUGACAACCCUUCUUUUCAUAGUUUUACCAACAUCAGUAGGCAUAAUCAUUAAGCGGAAAGUACCUAAAUGGGCAAGAUACCUGGAGAAAAUAAUUAAACCUUUUAGUUUUGUGUUAAUGUAUGUUAAAAUAUAUUUGAGCUUUAGGAUGGGAUCAGUGUUAGCAAAAACAAUCAGCUUGGAGGUGCUUCUCCUGGGAAUAUUAGUUCCUGUGUUGGGUUUGUUGUUUGGAUAUUCUUUUUCUAAAAUGCUUAUGUUGCCUCUUCCAGUUUGUAAAACAGUUGCUAUUGAAGGUGGGGCUCUAAAUAGUUUCUUAGCAUUGGCCAUUAUUCAGCUUUCUUUUCCACAACCCAAAGCUGAUUUGGCGUCUGCUGCUCCUUUUACAGUAGCCAUGUGUUCUGUCUUUGAAAUGUUGCUUCUGAUUCUGUUAUACAAUGCUAAGAAAAUUACUGUUCUAAAUGUAGAGAAUGAAAAAGUAAAAUCUUUUGUCUAAUAAAUUCUUACAGUCAGUUCCCAAGUAUGUUUUGAGCACUUGUCAUGUAUCUGGAGGGAAUAAAAAUGAAUAUCAGAUAUAGUAUCUGCCUUUGAGAAGCUCGUUAAGAGAUAAGAGUGAAAUGGGGCACCUCAUAAAGUUAGUCCAACACCCAAAAUUUCAAUUAUUGGAACUGUGAUUUAUUAAUAAAAGAACAAAUAAAAAAUCUACCAGGUGAGACAGACUUCCCUAGUGGAAGCUGUCCUGGGCUAACAUUAGGAAACAGUUUAUAUAGAGUGUUACAGGAUACAGGGUUAUUUCCUUUCACAUAUAGGUUCUUAUCUGACAAUAAAACAAACCUUAACACAGGAAUGUGAUGUCAGUGAUGGGGGGGGGGGUGGACAAUCCUCAGAUUUAUUGGGGUUGUUAUUUAGGGGUUAUUUAUUUUCACAUGCACUUACUCACUUAGCCCUAGUCAGCCAUAUGUUAUCUUGCUUCCAUCCUGACCUCUUUGAUAGUCCUGAAAUUCCUUUGUCUUCCUUCCCUUUCUAAUUCUCACCCCCAAGCUAAGUAGAGACUGGUCUGCUGUCUGCAUAAACAGCUAGACCUCCUGGUCUGGUCUGGAAGGAAGCCAGGUCUGUUCCCUAAACAAUGCUGGCAGGGAUUUAUCUGCUUUAUCUAUUUCAAUUUUACUAUCCUCUCCUUUUGGGACUACUUCAUUAGAAAAUGGUAAGUAAUACUACAAUGCCUAAAUAAUAAAUAUCAAAUAUCAAAUAACAGCAGGUAAAGGCUUUAAAGGAU